GUUUGGUUGAGAAGCCACCAUUCGAAAACUUGACGAAAAGUCAAAAGAUCAAGAAAACUGGAGAUGACGCGGCCAAUAAACUUUUUCAAGGGGCAUCCAACCCUCACUCUUCUUCCAAAUCAGGAAUUGGCAGAUGCUUACAGAAGAGUUCUUGUUGAGCAAAACUUCUCGCAUUCAGAUAACGAUCCAUCAAAUCGUUAUCCACUUGAAUAUGGCACCGAUCCUGGGAACUUGAGCACCAGAGAGACAAUAUUACAAUGGAGCAACAGCAGGUAUGGCCGCAAAACAGAUGAUCCAGAUGUUGUGAACUUGACCGCUGGCUCUUCUUGUGGGGCAGCUAACAUUCUAUUGGCCUGCACCCGCUCGAACAUCACCAAACAUGUGUUCUUGGUAUCACCGACCUACUUUCUUAUAAAUUAUGCAUUUAUCGAUGCUGGCUUUGAAGGCCAAAUGUCUGCUGUUAUGGAGACUGCUGGUGAAGAGUAUGAUAUCGACAUCGCAGGCCUUGAGCAAAAGUUGCAGGAGCUUGAUCGGAAACACGGUCUUGAGGCUGUAUCUGCUAAGGAGAUCAAUGUCAUACAUGACCCAACGCAGAGAGGCCCGAGGAAGUUCUACAGAUAUGCUAUGUACUUGGUGCCAACAUUUUCAAACCCGGGUGGAAUAUCAUACUCAACAAAAACCAGAUCCAAGCUCCUCGAAAUCGCACGCAAGCAUGACGUCUUGUUGAUUUCCGAUGAUGUCUAUGACCUCCUUGAUUUUGGACUCGAAACCCCAAAGCUCCCUAAAAUCAAUCACAUCGACCAAGACACAUUGCCUGAUGGCUGGGUCUAUGGAAACUCUGUUUCGAACUCGUCGUUCUCCAAAUUGAUCGCCCCUGGACUCCGGACGGGGUGGCAAGAGACUGCCACGCCGUGUUUGGCCCAGCAGUUAGCAACAACUGGCUCAAACAAGUCUGGUGGCACUCCUGCGCAGUUGAAUAUCUGCGUGGUCCAAAAUAUGAUACAGACCGGCGAUUUAGACAGAUGCAUCUCAAGGUUGAAUUUGGCUUUCAGAGCCCGAGCCAAAGCUCUUGUCUCGGCAUUACAGAGGCAUCUCCCUGCCAAAUAUUUGAAGAUCGGUGGCGGGCAAGGGGGCUACUUUGUGUGGUGCACUAUCGAUGCCGAGGACGUGGAUGUGGGUAAAACGUUAGAAAUCCUUCGCGAUGAGCACCAAGUACUGAUUGCCGAGGGACAUCACUUUGAAGUCGAGGGCGACAGCAAAGGCUGGGGCAAAAAAUGCGCCAGGCUUUGCGUGGCGUACCUAGAUGAGGAAGAGAUAGAGGAGGGAAUAAGCAAGUGGGGAGAGAUCAUGCAGAGGGAAUACCCAGGGUUAUAUAGAGAGUAGUGAAAUUGAAUGCAUGCACCAAUUUGAGAGUACAGAAGAAACCGGUGUGGACAUGUGGCAUCUUGAAUUGCCCGUAAACCUUUUGAUGUUAGUUUCAAGUCCGAAUAGAUAAAAUGUGCA